AUUUAACAAAAAGAUGUCCAGUUUACCCCGUCGCAUUAUCAAGGAAACACAGCGUUUAAUGCAAGAACCCGUACCGGGUAUCAAUGCCAUUCCCGAUGAGAACAAUGCACGAUAUUUCCAUGUCAUUGUAACAGGUCCCACUGAUUCGCCCUUCGAGGGUGGCAUCUUCAAAUUGGAACUCUUUUUGCCCGAAGAUUAUCCAAUGUCGGCACCGAAAGUUAGAUUCAUUACGAAAAUCUAUCAUCCAAAUAUUGAUCGUCUGGGCCGCAUCUGUUUGGAUGUACUUAAGGAUAAAUGGAGUCCUGCCUUACAAAUUCGCACCAUAUUAUUAUCGAUUCAGGCACUGCUCAGCGCCCCAAAUCCCGAUGAUCCUUUGGCCAAUGAUGUCGCUGAAUUAUGGAAAGUCAAUGAGGCUGAGGCCAUUAAGAAUGCCCGUGAAUGGACCCAAAAGUAUGCUGUCGAAGACUGAAGUAGUAAUACCGCAAACAUGUAUAGAAACGAAACUAA